AGUGGGAUCCUAUGUAAAUAUAAAUAAAGCUGCAGGGUGCUCUCUGCCUAAGGACACGUGUAUACGUUCCGUAGCAGGAGCUGGCUGUUGACUCUGUUAUGUAGCGUGUGUUGAAUGCGUGCCCACUUUCUGUUUACAUUUGGAUAAACGUUUGUGGUAUGUUUGACAUUUGUUACGAAAUCUGAAAGUUCUCGUUUAGGUUCAAGUGAUGUUAUUGUUGAUGUCAUUAACGAAGUAAAAAUACAAGGUGAAUUAAUCGACACUGGUUUUGUGUAUAGCUAUAAAUGCAGGAUCAACACACAUUCAUGCACAUGUUGUCCGUACCAUUUCCUUAUCUAGCAUGAAAUCUUUAGUUGCAAGUUUUGAAAACCAUUUAGUAGAAAGUGGAUGGUAAUAGGUUCAUUGUCGUAUAGAUUCGAUAUCAGAUAAGGGAAUAUUCUUACGAAUGUGACGUAAAGACUAACGAUGUAGUUGCCAAAUUCUUCCGACUGCUGUGACUUUCUUUCACAAUCUCCCUCUCUAUGUAUAUGACGUCUUGUUUUCUUUCUUUUCAUUAUUGGUGAAAUCUUUGAAACAGGAUGAGGUAUCUUCCAUUCACACCAUCGUCUUGUAAAACAUAUAUGAAUAUAAAUAAAUAAAACAAAUAAAUAUAUUUAGGUAAAAUAUAAUAGAAAUGUUCAGAUUUAGUAGAAAUAUACGUACAAGAGAGAUAGUCGGAAACUAGAAUGUUCAAGAUUAUGAAGAUAGUUCCCAAGUACGCCCGACUCGCGUGCCCAAAUGCAGACGGAAAGUGGGCGCACACCCAACUCCCGCCACAUAAAAGCAUCGGCACCUGCCUCUCACUAGACACAACGGAAACACAAAUAUUUCUGUAAUAAGACUGCAAUUUCCUAUCUACAAUACUGUCUCUAGCUAUACUUCUCUGAAAAUCAAUAUGUCCAAGAUGGAGAAUCUAAAUACUGCCUCUCUUGAAGCUCCCAACUGCAAAGAGAAUUCAGUUCUCCCCAUCGCUGAGAAGGGACUUUUCUUCCAUGAUUCCUUCUUCGAGGAUAUUCGGAAACAUUUUGAGACAGCCAUCGACCAAAUCCUGGAUACGUGGGGUGAAGCCAAAUCCGUGAGUGAUCUCAUGAGUAGCUUCACACGUAUAAGAGAGCGUAAUUUGCAGCAGGAGAACCAAGUCAUGGCCUUCAGCGAAGACGACCAGAAUCACAAGGUUAUACUGGAUGUUCAUGACUUCAAGAGUGGAGACACGAAGGUCAAAGUGGAAGACAAUCAGGUGGUGGUGGAGGGUCGAGUGGAAAAGGAAGAGGGCGACUUCAAGUCCAUGAAAAGCUUCUGUCGACGCUUCAACUUCCCAGGCAAAGUGAACAUGGAGGCCGUGACUUCCGCAAUGUCUUCUGAUGGCGUCUUGACUAUCACAGCUCCUAAGGUCAUAGAGGAAUCUUAAACAGGAACCUAUAUUCUAUAAGGUAUUUAGUUGUAAGACCUGUAAUCUGUGAGUUAAGUAUGCUUAAUUUUG